AUGACCGAUACUAUUGCAUCAACCGGCCUUGACAGAGACGCUGCCUUCUCCUUUGGCCCCUUCUUGGUCGGAAUAAUCAUUCAGCAAGCAUUGUUUGGCAUGGUCGCUCUGGAGAUUUACCAUUACUUCGGUGGCCCUAUGCGAUCCGACCUGGUGGUCAAUAAAACCAUUGUUACGGUGCUUUUCAUCCUCAACGCAGCACUAGAAGGCUUUGAUUUCCAUGUGAUUUUUCGAACUGGGGUCCUUCAUUUUGGACAACCCGUCUACAUCGACAUCCAGUCAUGGACGAUGUGGAUGGAGCCCUGUCUGACUGCUAGUACAGGUUUUACCGCCCAAACGUUCUUCCUUGCCAGUUUCAAAGUCAUCAUACUUACAAUCUUCGGUCACAGGUAUUGGCUCUUAACCAGAGCUCGAGGGAUCGUUGUUUGCUUGGGGAUACCGGGCACUCUCAUACUGCAUCUACUUGGUUCUGGAACUCCGGAACGUCUUACGAGUACAGCCCCUGUAGUGCAACGGCUCAUCCAUAUGUCUAUUGAGACGAGCGGGCUAACAGCUUUUCUCAGGGCCUUAAAUCUUGUCUUGUUCCUAUGUCUCCCUAAGGCAACACUUCAUCUGCUGGUACAAUUUUCGAUGGCAAGAGUAUAUACCCUAACGGUGCUAAUGACCCUGUCAGCUCAGAGCUCUCUGCGAGCUUCUCUUUCAAAUGAUAAUGAUGUCUCGCUUUCCUGUCGUCACGAGGCUGCCGUUAUCCAAGCAACGACUGGCUCCUCCCUUGGUGAUACUCUUCAUGAGGCUGAUGCCGAUUCAGAGAUGCAGGACUUGAGUUGCUGCCUCACUGUGAAGAACGAGAUCCAGGAAACGGAUGUGGCUGAUCCCAAGACAUCCGCUGUUUGA